CGGGUCUCUCAGCUUCUUGUCUGGCGACCCGUCGCCAUUAGUGCAUGCUCGGCUUUUCGAACCUAUUUUUUUCGUUUACAAUCAUUAAAUUGGCACGUUUUCCACAUUUCGGAAAACAUUUAACGCCUUGUUAAGGGCACAUUGUUUUCCUUAACGGGUAAAAGAACCAUUAAUUCAGGGGUCUUGGCCCCGCGCGGCGAGCUUUCGUCCUCUACUCCAACAGCCUUCUUAACUUGAGACGCCAUAACCGUGUCUCUUAUUUUUUCUCAAGUUUGUUAGUUGUCAAGAUGUCGCCGUGAUGGGGUCUCCGCGUUUGAUAGAAAUGAAUCAGGGCCUUCGUCGCCUGACCCGCACUCACUGCAGCCCACUUUCCAGCACUGUUUUUCAAUUUGAUGCUAGAGAGCUCGACGGCUCUCUGCCCGGAGUUCGGCCUCAUCAGCGCUCACUGCACGGAGACAAGCAUGGAGAAAAACACAAACAGCAACACCAACACCAAGGUUCCUCCCCGUUCCAGCUCCACAGGCCCAACACCCGGCGAAUCUAAACCAAAAACAGAAGGUAAAAACAAUGGAGGUCCUAAACGCUACAACCGGAAGCGUGAGCCCUCAUUUCCCAAAGCUGACAGUUUUCCUGGUCCUCGCCGCACCAAUUCACAGAAAAGCAAGAAUUUUGACAAGAGACCCCCCCAGAGAGGUGGAGGACGACAGUAUGGAGUUGCAGGUGGAGGACGACGUGAGGAGGUAGCAGAAACGCGCCGGGCUGAGUUUAGCCCGGCUCAGUUUGCUGGACCGAAGAAAAUAAGUCUGAACCACCUGCUAAACUUCACCUUUGAACCCCGUGGAGGUAAUGGUGGUGUCGGAGAUGGGGGGCAUUCCUGUUGGGGCCGCCGAAACAAAUGGGGCCACAAGAACAAGCCUUUCAAUAAGGAGCUGUUUCUGCAGGCCAAUUGCCAGUUUGUGGUGACUGAUGAUCAGGACUACAAGGCUCACUUUACUGAUCCAGACACUCUGGUCAGCUGGGACUGUGUGCAGCAAGUGCGCAUCUAUAGCCACGAGGUGCCAUCUUGCCCCAUCUGCCUCUACCCUCCUGUGGCAGCACGCAUCACUCGGUGUGGACACAUCUACUGUUGGCCCUGCAUGCUGCACUACCUGUCUCUUAGUGACAAGAGCUGGUCCAAGUGCCCCAUCUGCUAUGAGGCUGUCCACAGUGCUGACCUGAAGAGUGUGGUUGCUAUGGAGACCAAGCAGUAUGUGGUUGGUGAUGUAAUCACAAUGCGCCUAAUGCGAAGAGAAAAGGGGGCUUUGGUGGCUAUGCCAAGUUCUCAGUGGGUGAAGGUGGAAGAGCCUGUUCGCUUUGGAGAUGUCUGUUUGAGCCCAUACUCCAAGCUGCUGCUCACCUCCCCGGUGCAGGUCCUGGGCCUGAUUGCAGAGGAGAAGGCAGUCCUGCAGGCUCAACUGAGCCACGAAGAGGAUGGCCAGGGAUGCUUUAUCCAGAGCGCCCUUUGUCUUUUGCAGGAAUGUGAGGAAAUGCUGCUGAAGAAGCAGAAGGUUAAAGUAGACAGCCCUGACUUUUCCUCUCUGACUCUGAAACAACCCUCUUCUCCUGUGGAGGAAGUUGUGAUGAACAUCAGCAGUGCCAAGCCUGUGCUGCAGUACUCCUCAGCUUUUGAUGAUGAGGUAGUGGAGCCUGCAGAAGACACAGCUGCAGAGCUACCAGGCUUUCCUGAAGACAUUCUGGAGAGUGUGCUGGAGGAGCCCCCUGAGGCCCUGACUGAAGCAGUCCCGGAGCAGCAGCAUGAUGAGGAAAACUCUCCUGACCAGGCAGAGUCAGACCGCCCCCCAGGCAGCGUGGUGCAUGGACCUUACUACUAUUUCUACCAAGCUGAUGACUGCCAGCAGAUGUUCCUGCAUCCUGUGAAUGUGCGCUGUCUGUUGCGUGAAUACGGCAGCUUGGAGGCCUGUCCCAACUCCAUCACUGCCACAGUGGUGGAGAUAGUAGGACAAACGGUCACUGAGGAGAUCCGUCGUCGGCAUCGCUAUCUGGCUCAUCUUCCGCUUACUUGCGAGUUUAGCAUCUGCGAGUUAGCCCUGCAACCACCUAUUCUAUCCAAAGAAACUCUAGACACAUUUGCAGAUGACUUGGAGAAAAGAAAGCGCCUGAGACAAAAGAAAGCAAGGGAUGAGAAGCGCAGGGAGAAGCGAAUUGAAAUCGAAGAGAACAAGAAGCAGGGUAAAUAUCCUGAGGUGCAUAUUGGCCUGGAGAACCUUCAUCAUUUCCCAGCAUUUAACUCUCCACCUCACAACAGUAGUCCACCAGUCCAACCUGAUUUUACUUUAGCUCCUCCAUCACCUCUGAGCAGCAGUCCUUCUUCAGAUGGAAUGAGAUUCCCAAGUCUGAAUGUGCCCUCUCCCACUGUGGGUAGCGUGGAGGAGGAUUCUCACUGCAUGUCCUUUGCACAGAUGCUAAAAGAUGGGAAAGCCAGAGUUGAUGCUGGGCCCAGGAUCACUCCAAAGAAAGAUAAGCUGCUUGCCCCCCCAGCAGCCGACAGCGACGGUGAGAGCGAUGGCUCUGAUCGCAUCCCUGUGCCCAGCUUUCAGAAUUCCUUCAGUCAGGCUUUUGAGAAGGCACUUCUACAGCUGGACAAUGGUCCAGCUUCUCAGCCACAAGCUGUGGUUGAACCAGAUGAAAAAGGAGGAAAGAAGAAAAAGAAAAAGCAGAAACUCCUGUUCAGCACAUCCAUGGUUCACACAAAGUAGACAACACUGAAGUUCAUUUAAUUUAGUUGUUUCUUGAAAUUUUCCCACUGCUUGUUUCUUUCUUCCAUACGGAUCUUUCUUGGACUAAAAGCUAUCCAAAUAGGGUUCAUGCUGUGGCACACAUUGUUCUAUUGGCUUUCUGGGUGUUUUCCUUUCAGUUUCAUUUACAUUAAUUUUUGUUAAUAGGUCAAAGAUGCAUAUCUCACACAUCCUGACAGACUGAAAGCCCUAUGGGUAACCUGUAGUUUUGAUGUUAAGGGAAUAUAAUAAGCUGAUGGCUCUAAUAUAACAUGCUUUUAAGCUUUUCAUUACUUCCAAAUACAUUAUUUGACAAAGUUUCUCAAAUUGAUUCUGAGGAACCAUGAGUAAUAUGGACAAGAUCAUUUGAGGGUGCUUCAUAUUAGAGUAGCAGUCAGCCAGCUGCAGGUCUGUUGCACCUUUGAAACUUUCCAGGGUACUCGACACCCAUGCAUUAUCAAUUUUGAACUUCACCUGACAGAAUACAAAAAGUACAUUUUCAGUGUUUCAAAGGAAGGGGGGAAAAAUUACUUUUUUGCUCCUGAAGAAAUCAGUUGUAGUUUUUUCUAACACCAACAAAAAUGCCACCAGAUGAACGCAGUAUUGUAUAAAGGUUAGUUCGGUAGGUUCUGCUGAACUUGUAUAUUCUGCUUGGUGAAACCAUAAAUGCACACUUUCUUUGAGUUUCUCCCAUUUCAUUCUUGAUUUGCAAUGUUCACUCGUUUAACAAUACUCCCCCAGUUUUAUUUCAGUGUUGAAAAUGUGUGAAGUUGGAGAGCUGUUGAGAUUUAAGAAAUGCUUGCAAAACCUGAAUGACAGUGGAUUGCAUAUUUUGAGGGUUCUUUAAUACACCUUUAAUUUUGAGCAGGUUUAUAGGCUAGUAAGUAAAACUAGUCUAUUAUAACAAAUAAAGAUUUAUGCACAAAGAA